AUGGAUUAUAGCUUAAUAGGUGACCCAAGAGAUUGGGUGAAAAGUGACAUAUUUGGCACAGGAAGGUGGGGAACAGUUUACUUAGCAAGAAACCCUAAGUAUCCUCUUAACCUUAUUGCUAUCAAAACUGUAAGCUUUUCAGCGGAUUAUUCACCAUUCUCUGAGAGAGAAGUAUUGGAAGCUCUCCAACCCUGUCCCGAAAUAAUUAGCUGUUAUGGAGAUGAUUUCGUAACAGAACAAGAUGGACAGGUAGUCUACCACCUGCUUCUUGAAUAUGCACCCGGAGGCACUCUCCAUGACUUGAUCAAGAACAGUAGUAGUGGAGGUAAGUUGCCGGAGAUCAAUGUCCGUGGAUACACUCGUAUGAUACUCAAAGGUGUCAUUCGCAUGCACCAGAAAGGGUACUUUCACAACGAUUUGAAGGCCACGAACAUCCUCGUCUUUCUUUCUGAGGAUGGUGUUAUUGAUGAUCAUGUUAAAAUCGCGGACUUUAACCUAGUGAAAAAAGUUGAAUUUGGACUGUGCAUGAGUUGCGAAAAGUAUCAUGAUGUAUCGAGUGGUGAUCUUUUUAAGUGUGGAUGUGUUACCUUUGAAGAGUCAAUAGAUAUAUUGGCUCUUGGGGGUUUGGUGAUGGAGAUGGUGACCGGAGAACCGGCGAAGUGGAGUAUUGCGUGGGAGGGGGUAACCGGAAAGCAGAAUAAGUGGAGAAGCACUUUUUGUCCAAAAAAGCCGGAGAUACUGGAAGGAAUGUCCGAUGAUGGGAAGGACUUCCUGAGAAGGUGUUUAGUUGAAGAACCAAGAGAAAGGUGGAAGGCAAACAUGCUCCUAAAUCAUCCGUUUGUUGCCAAAGACGGUAGCUAG